AUGCUCUGCGGUACGGGAAGCUUCAAAAGCGUCGACGGCGGCGAGACAUGGUCGUCGACUCCGCCUUCGUCGCCCAGGAAGAAGAGGACCAAGAGCCUGAACCCCUACUCCGCCAGGGGGCUCGACAAAUUCGCCUCGUUGAUCGCCGAUCUCGAGGCCCGCCGCGCCAAGGUCAUGGCGAAGGCCGGCGCUCAAGGCGCCGCCACCUUGGUCAGGUUCACCUACUCCAACUCCAACGACUGGGUGCCCAUCAUCAUCCGUCUCCCCGACGAGAUUAACGCCAAACCUCACCAUAAUCCCAAGGCGAAAUCGGAGAUCGCCGGAUCAGAGGCGGCGGCAACGCCGGUGAAGACUCAGGAGAAGGAGGAGGCCGCGGCGGUAGUCCUAAAGGGGAAUAAAAAUGUGAGCGCCCAAGUGCCGCUCUCGUGGCCUCGCGUAAAGGAAGCUGCGCUGAGGAGCCUGAGGCCGAGGUGGCCGGCGCUGGUGGCGGUGCUGAUGCUGGUGUGCCUGGUGGUGUUCGGAAGGGUGUUCGCCAUCUGCUGCACCACGGUGGGGUGGUACAUGGUGCCGGCGAUGAAGGGGGAAGGCGCGGGGAGAACGGCCAGGAAGUCCAAGUCCUCGAAGACGAAGGAUUAUGGAGGGAGGCUGAGUUUCAAGAAGAGCCAUCUCAAAUGA